AUGAACGUUUCGAGUGUCGUGCGGCCCGCGGCGGCCGGCGCGGUGGGCAGCGUCGCUAGCGCUGGGCGUGCCGCGGGGGCUGUUCCCGCCCCGGUGGCGCUGGGGCGGAAUGCGACGGCGCUGCCCGUGAAGAGGACCUCUGCGGCCCAGGCGCCGCGCCGCAACACCGUCGUCGGCGUCCACAGGGGGACGUUCUACUCCAUCGCGGCCAUGGAACCGGUCAAGGACCUCGAGGAGGGCCACUUCUCGUGGGGCCAGCUCGUCCCUCAGGCGCUGCUCGCGUGGAUGAGCUUCUUCCUCGCCCAGCGCGCAGCGAGCGCGCUCGUCCCGGAGAAGGCCGCCGCCAUCGCGCAGGGUCUCGUCGCUCCGGUCGCGGGCGCGAAGAAGGCGGCCGUCGCGGGGGCCGGAGACGCGGCCAUCAUCGGCCUGCUGGGUGCGCAAUGCAUCUUCCUGGCCGCCGUCUGCGUCCUGUCGUGGAAGAACACCGCGAGCCCGCGCGGGAUCUUCUGCCGCUCCCUCAUCGCGUGGGGCCCCGCCGCCGCGUGGGCGUACUUCGCGCACUCCCCCGCCGCGUGGGCCACGCCGGGCGCGUACGCACUCGUCGCGUUCGCGGCGCUGGCGACCGCGGGCGGGCUGUACUACGGCCUGAAGGCGCCGCUCAGCCAGGGCAAGUCGCCGUUCAUCCGGUUCAACCUCGUCGGGAUGCUCGCGCUCGCGGUCACCGCGAUUCCCGCGGUGGCGGGGAAGGCGGCCGAGGCGGUGCUGGCGCCGGCCGCGACGACGGCGUCGAGCGCGACGCUGUGGGCGUUCACGGCGUCGACGGCGGUGGCGAUGGUGGUGUACGGCGUCAUCGCGCUGCACACGCACUGGGACGCCCGGAAGACAUCCAUGGUGUCGCUCAUCUCGUUCGUCGCGGCGCGCGCCGCGCUCGCGUACGCCACGACCGGCGCCCCGGUCUCCGCCGCGGCGAUCGACCCCAUCCUGACUCAGUUCUACGUCUGGGCGGGCCUCGCCGCCGCCGUCGUGGUCAAGAACGCCUUUUAA